GUUUGGGUCCACUUAGCCACGGAUUUUUUUCAAUAGAUCUGUGCUGCGGUACUACACACUAUGUGGUUGGUUGCAUCCACCAAUGUGAAACCACGGAUUCAGAGGGCUGACUGCAAAAUUAUAUGCUGCUUUUCAGCUGCACCGAGGGUCGGGCCCUCUAACUCCCAAGGCCUCAGGAGUGCAAGUUGCCGAUGAAGUAUGUCGCAUUUUUUAUGACAUGAAAGUUCGGAAGUGUUCCACGCCAGAAGAAAUCAAGAAAAGAAAGAAGGCUGUCAUCUUCUGUCUCAGUGCAGACAAAAAGUGCAUCAUCGUGGAGGAAGGCAAAGAGAUCUUGGUGGGAGAUGUUGGUGUCACCAUAACCGAUCCUUUCAAGCAUUUUGUGGGGAUGCUUCCUGAAAAAGAUUGUCGCUAUGCCCUGUAUGAUGCAAGCUUUGAAACAAAGGAGUCCAGAAAAGAGGAGUUGAUGUUUUUCCUGUGGGCACCAGAACUAGCUCCUCUGAAGAGUAAAAUGAUCUAUGCGAGCUCCAAGGAUGCCAUCAAAAAGAAGUUCCAAGGCAUAAAACACGAAUGUCAAGCAAAUGGGCCAGAAGACCUCAAUCGGGCUUGUAUUGCUGAAAAGCUAGGUGGAUCCCUAAUUGUAGCUUUUGAAGGAUGCCCUGUGUAGACCAUCAUCUGGUGCCACAAAUCGAAAGCUUCUGUGUUUAAUGUUAUCCUCUUGCUAUGUGUAAGUAAAGCAGAUAAUGUUUAGGCUAGGGACUCACUGAAGGGGAGCUGUCUUGUCAUUUGUGGGGGUAAACUAUUCUAUGAACAUGUGCAAAUGGCCCUAAAUAAAUCUACACUCUAAAACUUUA